AAUUUGUUUCUGAUUCUGUGCGUCUCUCUCUCUCUCUCUCUAAACUUGGUUUUGUUUUGGCCCUUCAAAUUCCAAGAGUGAGUGAGUCUCUUCUUUCAUCUUCUUCUGCCUUCACACAAUGGGCCGAAGACCCAAAGCUUCCAACAACAAUCACAUGCCUGGAAAUGCAUUUCCUUCUAAGGAGAGAUUCGAACCACAAAAACAACAAAAACAACAGGUUUUCAGUGGAAAUAUAAGAAGUCCAACAAAGGUGUUAGACUCUCAACUUGAAAAUCCACACCCUGCUUGUUCCCCUUUGAAGCAUCCGAAUGUGUCGGUGGCUGGAGCAAAGAAAAGUCUUGAAAGUAAAACACCACAAGAACAAAUGAACCAGGCCAGUAAGCAUCAAAAGAAGUAUGCUACAUCCACAAGGAAAAUGUCCAAACACAGCAUUACAUCUGUGAGGCGGUCAGACCGCAUUAAAAGUGGUGUUGUUAAAUCCGCCAACUCAAAGCAGGGGGGUGUCGAACAUAUGGUGGACGUAACUGUUAGCGAUAGUGAGAUAGAUGAACCAGAGAGACAUACUGAGCAAGUAUCGUUAAAGCCACAGCUUGAUACUCAAGUUGAGCAAGUGCAAGUGUUGCCACAGUCAAAUACUCAAAUCAAGAAAGUACUACCACAGCUAGAUGGUCAUGCUGAACAAGCAUUGCCAAAGCAAAAUGCCCAAAUUGAACAAUUAUUGCUGGUGCCUGAGCCUGAGCCUACAGAAAAUAUAAGUGAAAAGAGCUUGGAUGAAAAAGUUGACUAUGCCUUACAAAGAAUACAAGCUUUUGAUAAGAUUGUAGAAUUGUUGAAAUCCAAGGCCGACGGAAAUGUUACCUCAUAUGAAGCCCCGUCGAUGACAGUCAUGGCACCAAUCAGUUACCGGAGUAUGUACAUUGAUUCGCAGAAGAAGCUGGAAGCUUUAGCAAAUGAAAAUCGACAACUAACUGGACAAUUGGAAAAUGCUCUAGGAAAAAUUGAAAUGUAUGAAAAUGAGAAUCGUGUUUUGAGUGAACUAUUGGAGAAAUUGAAAGAUACCGCUAAUCAACAGCUCUCAAAUUUGGCAAAAUCCACCGAAGCCGCUGUUAAUGCAUCAACUCUAGAAAUCUACCAUGCUUAUUCAGCUUCUGCAUCAAAAAGAAAGAGAAUUGAAGGAGGCAAUGCUGCUUAACUUUUUAACUUUUUAAUGUAUUUACAAACUUGACAUAAUGUGCUUGACAUGUAACUCGUGCCUAACAACUUAACUUGCUUUGCAUGGAUUUCUGUUGCAUAUCCGACAUGUUCCUUUCAUUUUUCUAAUUUGCUAGA